GGUUUUCUGCUCAGGCUUGAUUUCGACUGCUGCGCGAGGUUUUAUUUCUCCGCCGCUCUCGACAGCUUGGCGCUAGUUCUGCGUCUAUGUCUCUAUGUCCUCUUGUUUUACCGCGCGAACCAUGGCUGGUACAGCUGAUUCGAAUGGAGUGGUUGAAAUCUCGGUGACACAGCUGCAUAAUUUCUGAGACGUUCUGAUCGAGACUAUGACAUCAAGGACAAUACACCACAACGCGAAUAUUUAGACAUCCGACUCUUGGCAAAGUAUUUGCGGGAGCCUGCCUGCUAAGCCCAAGUAAAAAUGAUUGUGAAUAUUACUGCACAAGCAUAUUCCAUUAGGAACAUAUCGAUCCCUGGGCUCUUUGGAGACACCACCUGUGAUGUCUGGAAGCAGCCCCAGCAUGUGCUUUUCCAGCUGGCUAACACAUGUUUCUGCAUCUCUUACCUGGCACCAAAUGGAAGAUAUGGCAACUUGUUCCUGCAUUCAUUGCUAAUUCUUGGAUUUUUGCUGAAUUCUACCUGGGCAUGGAAUGUGAUCUGUGCACCAGACAUGUUUUCAUGGAGCUUCAGUUUCAUGAUCCUUAACAUGGGACAAACGCUCCUACUACUGUACACCAUGAGGCAGGUGAAGUUUCCUCGAGAGCUGGAAGACAUUUAUGUGCUCAUGUUCCAGCCACUACAGGUGCCUCGUCUACUUUUCAAAAAGCUGGUCAGUUUGGAGUAUGCCCAGAUUAUGAACCUUCAUGCCGGAGAGGCUUACGCCAUGCAGAACCUGACCAAGACUGAUAGACUCGGGUUACUUAUAGCCGGAAAAGUGAGUGUUCUUACAGACCACCUAUUUCUGCAUUACAUUUUUCCCCGGCAAUUUCUGGACUCCCCUGAAUUUGAGUCGACGAGGUCUGGGGUAGACGACAAAUUCAAAGUCUCAAUACUUGCUGUCACACCCUGUCGUUACUUAUUCUGGCAGCGAUCCAACCUGGAGUACUUGCUCAUCAAGGAACCACAGCUUGCUACCGUCCUGUCUUUACUCAUUGCAAGGGACAUUACUUCCAAGCUCUAUUCUAUGAACGAAAAGAUUGUGACGGAGAAAGGCUCUCAUUUGGACAUCCGCCUUCCAAGCGUUACUGGUUCAAUGACCUACCAGGGACAGGUUCCGCCUCCAAAUCGGAACAACUCAAUCACAUACUCGCCAAUGACUGCCUACAAGUCAUACAAAUAUGAGACUGUUUACAGCAGCCAGGAGACCCUGGUUCGUGAGACAAAGAAGAGGCUGAGGAGGUCCCACAAACGGAAGGAGUCUUCGGACGACUAGACAACCAUUAUGUGUUUAAAAGCUUAUUUAAUUAUUUAUUUAUUUAUUAAUUUAUUGCCACAGUGGGCCACACAUAGUGCAAGAGGAGUUUAACAGAGAAAAUUGUUGCAAUUAUAUUUACAGUAAAAGCACAAAUAUGAAUUUAAGUGUAGUAGUUAUAGAAGUCUACACAUAAUGAUCAUGUGCUAUAGCAAAUGUAGUUGAACAUCAGAAGGAUGUCAUUAAUAAAACAAUGCAGCUGACAAUAGAACUGCUCAGAAGAAAAGGUGCAUUAAUAAAUAUGUUCGAGAACUAUAGAA